UGUCAAAGCUCCUUUCCUGUGCUUUCCAGCCUACAGCGCCCUAGCUGUUUCCAAGUGAUUAAUGGGAACUGCAUGUUGCUCUCAAGCCGAGCCUGGCCAGAAGGAGCUUUUGCACAGCGGCAACCCACCGCUGGAACCGCAAAAGGCCACGGCCUCUCGCAGCGCCCCGGCCGCGCCGGUGGUCGCCAGCGAUGGGGAUGGCUACAAUUACAAGGUGUUUCCAGAUGGAUCGAGAUAUGAAGGACAAUGGAAGGAUGGCCUAAAGCAUGGCAAGGGCCGCUUCAUUUACCCCGACGGCGACGUCUAUGAUGGUGAGUGGCAAGAUGGUAAAGCCCACGGUCACGGAACCUAUACAUCAAAGCAGUCGAAGUAUGUGGGUGACUGGCAGAGCGACCUGAAGCACGGCCAAGCUGUCGAGGAGUGGGACGACACGUCAAAGUACACGGGAACCUACUCGCAUGGGCAGAAACAUGGCAAGGGCAGGUUUGAAUGGCCUGACGGCUCGGUCUACGACGGCGAGUUCCGCAACAACAACGUUGAGGGUGAAGGAACCUUCACCUGGAAGGACGGACGGCAGUACAAGGGCCAAUGGGUCGACAACCG